CAGCCAUAUCCUGCUGUAGCCAUUGAUUCCACAAGCAUACAUCCAUUUACUGUUACAAUCACCCACCACUUUCCCAAAAUUCCAUCCAACCUCGAAUCCAAUACCCUUAUUCUCCCAUUUUCUUCUCCAAAAGCCUCUCAACCAGAAAACCAGAGAAAAUAAAUAAAUAAAUAAACAACAAUCCAAAUAACAAACACACUAAAGCAGAGAUAGAUGAUGAGUUUCCAUGCAGACCAACAAGAACAACAACCUAUGCAACUACCAAACAACAAAUCUACUUUCAGACACAACUCUCCUCUGUUUCAAGUAGUCGUUAUUGGGUUGGUCUGCUUUUGCUGUCCCGGCAUGUACAACGCCCUCGCAGGCAUCGGAGGCUUUGGUCAGGUUGACCCCACUGCCUCCAACAACUCCCUCACUGCCCUCUUCGCUACAUUCGCUGUCGUCGGAGUACUUGGCGGCGGCAUCAACAACAUCCUCGGUCCCCGUCUCGCUCUCUUCUCUUCAUGCCUAACAUACGUCCUCUUUGUUGCCUCUUUCCUCUACUACAACCACCAGCAGAAACAGGGCUUCGCCAUUGUCGCCGGAGCUAUUCUCGGUGUCGGAGCAGGCCUUCUUUGGGCAGCUCAAGGCGCCAUCGUGACGUCGUAUCCGCCGCCUGAUCGAAAGGGGACUUAUAUCUCGAUUUUCUGGUGUCUGUUCAACUUGGGAGGUGUUAUUGGUAGCUUGAUUCCAUUCUUUCUCAACUUCCACAGAAGCAGAGCUACCUCUGUUAAUGAUGCUACUUAUAUUGGUUUCAUGUGCCUCAUGUCGGCCGGAGCACUUCUGUCGUUGGCGAUUUUGCCUCCCGGUAAGGUGGUUCGCGACGACGGGACUUUAUGUACUAAUAAAAACCAGUACUCCAAUGUGUGCACUGAAGCUGUUGAGAUUGUCAAGCUGUUUAUGAAUUGGAAGAUGCUUCUCAUAUUCCCUGGAGCUUGGUCUAGCACUUUCUUCUACACUUACCUGUUCAACAAUGUCAAUGGGGUUUUGUUUAAUUUGAGGACUAGAGGAUUGAACAACCUGGUUUUCUGGGGUGCUGAGAUGUUAGGCUCCGUUGGGAUUGGAUAUUUGAUGGAUUUCAGUUUCAAGAGUAGGAGGACCAGGGGUUUUGUCGGGAUUGGAGUGGUUUCUCUCCUUGGGACUGCCAUUUGGGGAGGUGCAUUUGCCAACCAGCUAAGGUAUUCUCGCCAUGAUUUGCCGGACAAGAAGCUCGAUUUUGCAGGUUCAGGUGUUGAUUUUGCAGGACCAUUCCUGUUGUAUUUCAGUUUUGGUUUGCUUGAUGCCAUGUUCCAGAGCUUGGUUUACUGGAUUCUUGGAUGCUUGGCAAAUGACUCUGAAACACUUGGCAGGUAUGCGGGCUUCUUUAAGGGAGUGCAGAGUGCUGGCGCAGCGGUUGCUUGGCAAGUUGAUGCAAAGAAAGUAUCUUUCAUGUCCCAGUUGCUUGUGAAUUGGUCUCUCACUACGGUGGGUUAUCCGUUACUAGUAGUCCUGGUCAUGUUGGCUGUGAAGGAUGACAAUAACACUGAAGAAGGAACAACCAAAGAGGAGGUUACUCUUCCACCAUCUGCCAACCACCCUGAUUCUGUUAAUUAACAAUAAUGAUGGGCUUGUCAUGCCAAUUUAAGAGAUUGUAUGUAUGCUGAGAAUUAAUGUCUUUUUGCAUUGCCAAAAAUGCAAAAUUUGAGUUCAUAGCAAGUGCAAAACGUAUUACAUUAUGCUCUAAAAAUUCAAGGUUGAUCAUCACCAAGAAGUGACCUCGAUUUCAUA